UCUCUCCAAAAUUCGAUCUUAAAAUCCAACUUUUUGCAAAAUGCAUAAACUUAAUCUAUAGAGGAUGCUUCCCAGAAGUGAUAUUCUAGACUUUGACGACGAAACCAAUGACGAUACCAUCACAAAUAGAGCAUCCAUCAGAAGAAGCAGAGGUUCGAAAUCUAGCAAGCAGGAAGAGCAUAUCAGAAGUGAGAUGAAGCACCUUCUCUGCAAAGGUUUUGAACUCAACCUAGUGGUGCUAUCAUACGUAGGAUCUAGAAUUGCUACAGAGUUGUGAAAGAAGGCUUAUCUACAGUUCUUUGAGUCAUAAUUGCCCACUAUAAGAUGACUUGGGAUAAUCUUAUAUGAAAUAAAUAUCAUUACUCUUUGUUG